AUGAAGAGCGAGCCAUUUGUCAAGGCCGAAGAUGACGACCAUGAAGAAGACACCACAACUCGAAAGACGGUUCUCUCAUGUCUUCUGGAUUGGAUCACGGACGGCCCGGCUGCUUUGCUCGAGCUCCUCGCACAUGAGUCCACCUUGCCAUCCCGUUCUGUGGCGCGACCCGCAUUUCCGAUUCCUCACGGGGCCUUGCAAGACGCGCAUCUUUACUCCAAUCGCUGCCCGCUUGUUUCGACGUCCAGGGACGCGGACAACGCUUCGAAUUGUUGCCUCUUUAUCUUUUGGCCGGGGGUGGACAGGUCAAAGCGUGAGAAUCUCCUGGCGUCUCGAGUACAUCUUACUCCGCCGGAGAUUUUCAACGCUUUGACUUGUUGCCUCUUUAUAUCGGGGCCUGAGGUGGACAAGUCAAGAGUGAGACUCUCCUGGCGUCUCGAGUACAUCUUACUCCGCCGGAGAGUUUCAACGCUUCGACUUGUUGCCUCUUUAUAUCGUGGCCGAGGUCCGACAUUUCAAAGCGUGGGUCUCUGCCUGGCGUCUCGAGUAUAUCUUACUCCGCCGGCGAGGCUCAUCGCUUCGAUUUGUUGCCUCUUUAUAUGUCCCGGCCCGGUGUGGACGAUUCAAGUGUCUGGCUCUCCUGGCGUCUCGAGUACAUCUUACUCCGCCGGAGAGUCUCAACACUUUGAAUCGUUGCCCCUUUAUAUGGCCCGGCCCGAGGUGGACAGUUCAGGCCUGGCGUCAAGCAUACCAUACUGCGCCACAAUCCAAUACAACCACCAGGGCAUGCCUCAGGGCAUGCCACAGCCCAUGUAUGGAGCUCCACAGCCGCAGACAUCCGCCUAUGGAUUUAGCACCAUGACACCUCCAAGCUACGGCAAUAUGAGCCACAUGCUUCCAGCUGGGAUCUUCUUUCCCACUCUUACCCACAUAGAUCAUGAACAACAAGUCCACCAUGGUGGCUUUGCUGGCCCAGCCAAUGCCCGCCGGAGAGCUUCAACACCUUGA